AUGAGAGUGUUUCUCAUUCGGCAUGGGGAGACAGUCCACAAUAUCGCACAAGCUUGGGCAGGGACGACCGACUCAGCCCUGACAAACCAUGGGAUGCUCCAAAUAGAAUCUCUUGCUCAUACAUUUGCAAGCAACUCUAUACAUUUUGACUCGGUGUUUGCGUCAGAUCUGAGUCGAGCACGUAUCACCGCAGAGGGCAUCUGUCGCCCGCAACCUCCUAAGAAAGAUGGCGGGUUAGUGACUCCCAUCUUAACUUCAGAUCUACGAGAGCGGGAUUUUGGUUCAUUAGAGGGUGUACGCUGGCAGUCACCGUCUACACCGUCUAUCGAUGCGAGCGCCCCACCAGGUCAUUCGAGUAGGAGCACGUCUAUCGAAAUCAUCGAAAAAGAAACCACAGUCUCGAUGCGACAACGUUCUCUCUCGUUCCUCCAUAGCCAUUUCUUACCGCUUUUAUUCGAUGAUCCAACCGCGAAACGUAAUGUUGCCAUUGUUGCUCACGGAAUCAUUCUUCGGGUACUGUGGAAUUGCUUUGUGGAGCUCUUUGACCCCAUGAGUAUAUCUCUGAUGCCGGGCAUCGCUGCGUGGGAGGGCGGGCCAGCUGCCCUCCUCUCUCCAAGUUGGUCCAAUACAGGCUUUAUGGAAUUAUCGAUCCGAAUGAAGCAGUCAUGGCCAUCGCCACGGCCACAGCGACAAAUUACCUCUCAAGAAGUGCGCGUAGCAUCCAGCUCGAUUGUCGACAAUGAAGGUCCAUCAUCUGGCAGUCUUCCUGGAGACAUCCUUCUGCAAGGAUGGUCUAUGAAGAUACUCGCUGUUGAUAAUAAGGAACAUCUCGCGGGCCUGCGCCGUACCCGUGGUGGCAUAGGGAGCGCUUCAUAUGACAAUCGACAGAAGAGGAUUGACCAGUUCUUCAAAUAG